AUGUUGGGGAUAUCGAGCCAAAGGAAUAGGCUUCGCCCUCUCCAGCAAGCCGAGCAGGAAAUAGCCGGGCUGCAAUGGCAUCUGUUUUCGGGUGAAAGGCGGUGGGAUGCGGCUCCUCUACGAGCCAACUCUCCCAAAUCUCUCGACGAUUCCGACAGCUUCGCCACCAACGAAUCGACGCCGCCAACCAGCCCAGACAUUGCGACAGGCGAGCGCACGCCUUCUCCUAAGCCGAAUCACCUUUCAGACUACCUUAAGAAUUCGACCAAGCCCGCUGCCCUAGUCGAGCCGGAGCCUGCUCCGAUGAUUCCCCAGCGCUCUCUUACGUACACUAAGAAGAACUCGGUCGAUGCCGUUGCCAGGUUGCGAUCCAUAUCCCGCAAUACUCGAGAUUCAGAUCUGUCUGCCUCACCUCGGAGUCUGCAGGCCUUCUCCCGAACUCCGUCCGUAUCCGCGUUUGAAGAGUUUGUAUUUUUUGGGCGGAAGGUCGGUGAUCUAUUCUGCGGGGCCUCAUUUCUGAGAAUAGCUGAAUUGUUGAGAAUGUAA